AUGUCCGGUCUGGACACCAUACUUGUGCGAAGGGACGACAUCGUGGGACCCGAGUCGAUCAAUGAGCUCGACAUCAUGGUACGGAGGUACUGCAGGAAUCAGAGAGUCCCCGGGCUGGUUGAGGCGAGCUAUUCCACUUCACCUGCCACAGCUUCGCACAGUCGGUCGUGUGCCGCACACCCUCCAUGCUCGCAGUGUCCCACCGACGAUAGACAUGUUACGGUGGGCUACCUCCGGACGGCGACGGGUCAUGUCAAACGGCGUGCGCGUUUAAUUUCAAGCAAGUGGUACACGCGCGCAGUAUCCCUGCUUCUUCUCCUCCCACGGGCUGGAACAUUCAGCCGAGCUGACCGCGACACCUUUGUCCCAUGGAAAAACCGGGGAAUAGUGCCCGACAGGUUCGUGUUUGAUUAG